AUGGUUCUUUCCAACAUUGACUCUGGAAUUUUUGAUAAAAUUCUCGAUAAUUUGGCGCACGAUGCCCCGGAUCUCAAUUUAGCCGCAAGCCAGCGCAAUAAACGAACUCUCGCGCGGCUUGCGAUAUGUUGCAAAGCCUUCCUGGAACCCGCACUGGACCAUCUCUGGAGAAGGCUCGAUUCCCUAUUUCCGCUUUUAAAACUUUUGCAUGGUUUCAAGUCGAGCGACGGCAUCUAUGUUCUGCGAGGCAUCGUAACGCCUGACAAUUGGAGUCGGUUUGACUGGUAUGCGAGAAGAGUAAAGACUCUUUGUUAUACUGGAAACCCGUUGGGUCAAGCGGUAGCGAAGCAUGUUUACUUUCGAGUGUCCCAACUCCACUCGACGCCUUUACUCCCAUCCAUCCAGCAUCUGCAAUUUCGGCACUCGAUCCAGAAUGAUUUCCUCACCUUGGGCGUCUGCCUUUUCCUAUCUCCAUCUUUGCAAUCGGUUGAAUUUGAUGGCAUUAAGAGCGACAAACUUUGUGGCACGUUUUUUGACGCCCUCAUUUGCGAAUCCGCUCCGCUGCAAUCCGUCACACUGCGUGGACAGGGAUUGUCUAAGGACACUCUCGACCUGGCCAUUAGGUUCCAAGGCAUUCGAAGUCUAGAAAUCGAUGGGAGCUUCAUUGAUGUAGAUUGGCUGAAGGAGGCUGGUGCCCUCCCUUCGCUCCUUCACCUCAACCUCAAUUUUUUAGACUCCCCGAUUUCGGCUUUUGAUUUUGAUCUUGGCUUCAAAAAUGUCAAGAAACUCAUAAUCACUGGCCCCUUGCCGCUCAUAGACUCAUUUCUUAUGCACACAUCGACUAAGCACCUUGAGUAUUUUGACUGCCGAGUCUCUGCGGGUGUAGCUAAACCGGCCUACGAGGGCCUGACAUAUCGCGUGGUAACUCGAUGGAAAGAGACACUUCGGCAAUUUAGUAUUGCGGUGAUUUUUCAAGAACAUAGGAAGGAUGAAUUCCCGGCGAGUGCCCUACUUACUUUGGGCCUGACGGACGAAAUCAUCGUAGAGCUUGCUUCUGGUUGGCCAGAAAUUACCGAGCUCCUCCUUCCCGACUCGCCACCAGGAUUCUCCUUGCCAACUGUCACUAGCCUUCAAGCGCUAGCUGAGCGCUGCCCGCAUUUAGCGCAUCUCCGCAUACCCUUCAAUGACCUGGCCCCAGAUCUACCACCGUUGUCUCAUGGAGGUCUGAAACAUGGCUUGAAGACCUUGACAAAUGCGCGUUUUAUCAAUCCAGGAGAUAUAAGUGAUUAUCUUAGGCUUGGACGUCAUAUUGAUCGCCUCUUUCCGGGACUCAAGGUCGUCAAUAAAGGAGAAGCGGGACAUUGGGGUUUCAACUACGUCAAGUGGAAAGAAUUAUAUGAUGCCGUUUCCCUCUGUCAAACUAUACGACGGGAAACUAGGGAGGGGUAUGAAAGCGUAGGUAUAAGUAAAGAAAACUUUUAA